AUGUCUUCUUCAUCUUCUUAUGGUGAUUUUUCUAAGGGAUUCCUUGAGAAAGGCUUUGGUUUUGAAACUAAAGGAAGGAAGAAAAGAACUCUUACUGAAGAUGGAAUACCAAAUUCCUCAUCUUAUAUCGCUUACUCACAUCAAGAUGUUGAGAAUGAGGGUAUGGUGUCCGCUGAAGUGGUUCAUGACUUUCUCAAAUACUUCGAGGAAGCAAAACAUCAACUUGUUGAGACUAUGAAGGAUCUCGAUGUGCUUAUGAUCGGGUUCUGUCCAAAAUUCGCCAUCACCUACAAAAGAAAAACUAAACCCCCCUCCUCUUUCACUCUCAAAUCUCUUAUUCUCUCAAUGGCGUUUCUGUGCUCAACGAGAUGUCUGCUACUACUCUUUUUGAUCUCAGCCGUUCCUUUGGGUUUCAUCAUAUCACUAGAGAGAUCAAAAUCAUCAACACACGUGUACGAAUACAAAUCUAAUGGAUGGUUAAGAGAGUGUAGUAAAUGGGAUGAUGUUAACCGUAGAUUUCUUGUAUCAUACAUGGAAGGCGGUAUAGGUGAAAUUGUUGUAUCAGACAAUGAUCAUCAAACAGUGAUUGCAGAAAGAACAGUAAUCAAAGAAUCUGAAUUGUCAGGGAACGCAUCCCUAGGAAUCGUAAUCGAUCGGCCUAGAAAUCGUCUUGUUGUUGCUAGUGCUGAUGUUCUUGGGAAUUUGUUCAGUGCUGUUGCUGCUUAUGAUUUGACUACAUGGAACCGAUUGUUUCUUACUCAUCUCAGUGGAUCAGGGGAUGGAAAAGCAUUUGCAGAUGAUGUAGCAGUAGAUGAAGAAGGCAAUGCAUAUGUCACAGACGCCAAACAGAGUAAGAUAUGGAAGGUAGGAGUAAAUGGGGAGCUUCUAAGCAUCAUCAAGAGCCCGCUGUUCACAUUUAAGGAGUGGUAUGAAAACUUGAUUGCGCUUAAUGGAAUUGUGUAUCACCCUGAUGGAUUUUUGCUGGUGAUCCACACUGUUAAUGGCGCCCUGUACAAGAUUAAUACGAAAACAGAAGAAGUUAAGCUAGUUAAGUUUGUUGGUGGAGGUUCAUUGAGAUUCGGUGAUGGUUUAGAGCUUUUAGAUUCAAGUAGGCUUAUAGUUGCGGGAAAUCCUUCUGCGAGACUAGUUGAGAGUCUAGAUGGAUGGGAAACGGCUACAGUUGUUGGUAAAUUUUUUGGACCUUUGCAUCGGGUAGCAACUGCCGCUACUGUUAAAGAUGGAAAAGUUUAUCUAAAUCAUUUGGUUGGGUUCGGAAUCCCUAAUAGAAAACAUAACCUUGUUGAAGCUGUGUUCAAACCUGUUAGGUAAGUCUCUGCAAAAUGGAUGUUUGUUGUUCAUUACUUGUUAUUGUAUCUCAACAUUAUGGUGUUGUUUUCGUGCGAAUUAGUAGUUCUUUCGGUGAAUUAUAAUAAAGUUGGAGUACUUGACUUGACAACUCAUAUAUGAUUGAAUUCCAUUGCU